ACUUUGUUAAAAUGAUCAAGUUAAUGUUUAAAAUAGCUCUUUAUUUUGGUGUUUUCAUUGCACUGAUAUUAAUAUUACCGGCAAAUAUAUUACUUGACAUCGACCCGAAACCACGUGACCGACAAUUACCCGAAGAAUUUGUUGGUCCGUUCAAAGCAAACGAUGCUUUAACACAAUCGUCGGUAAUAUUGAAGAAUCAGAUCGUGGGACCCGAAUCUAUAGCACAAUUCAAUGGCCGACUAAUCACCGGCGCUGAAGAUGGAUAUCUUUAUGAAGUGAACGAUAAUAAUGUCAAACGAUUGCUUAGACUUUCAGAGAAAAGUUGUUAUCAAAUCAAUCCAUACAACCGGUCAAAGUGUAGUCGUCCGGCGGGUAUGAGAUUUGACUCUAAAGGAACACUAUAUGUUGUCGAUCCAAAUAUUGGUGUAUUUUUGGUGAAAAAUAUUUUUACAAAGACACCAAAAGUUGAACUUGUUUUUGAUAUUGAAGACACCAAAGCACUGGGAGGACAAUCAUCAAAGUUUUUCAAUGAUGUAGCAAUUGAUGAGGGCGCAGGACUUAAUGGAGGACAUGUAUUAUAUGUAUCCGAUAUUAGUGUAAGAUUUGACUUUUUUGAAAUGAUGUUUACUGUCUUUGGAUCAGAUACGGGAAGAAUUGUCAAAUAUGACAUAAAUGCCCGUAAAGUAGAAUCAGUCGUAAAAGAUAUAUUAUUGCCAAACGGUCCUAAAAAAGGAGAGUCGGCUAUUUUGGCAGACCUACCGGGAGAACCCGAUAAUAUAAGGCGAAGUGUUGACACUAAAUGUGAGACAUAUUGGGUAGCACUGGGAUCUGCUAGGACUGCCUCUAAGCCAUCUAAUAUUGAUUUUUAUAUGGAUAGGCCUCUUAUGAGAAAAUUUUUGUGUCGUUUUACACAUUUGUUGGGAAGUGCUAUCACAUCUGUCGGAGAUAUCCUCAAUGUAUCGGCUCUUCAAGAAUUUGGAUCAUAUUUUAAGAGUGGAUUUAUAUUAGGGGCCAUUCUGUUCAAAGAUAGUUCAAGAAAUUAUGGUAUGAUUGUUGAGAUCGACAUCAAUGGCAAUAUUAUUCAAACACUUCACGGCAAUCAUGAGAUAUAUACGUUGCUUUCAGAGGUCAGAGAAGUGCGGAUCAAUGAUAAACAGAGUGUCCUAUAUAUUGGAUCUUUUAUUAAUGACUAUAUUCUUAAAUUAACAUAUAUUAGAUAA